AUGCUUAGUCAAACAUCCGUUGAUUCUUCAUGUUCAAAUCAAACUGCAACAUCUGGGAAUUUGAUGCGACUCCGUAAUUCUUCUUUGGGUCAUUCAGAUCCACAAAUUUCUGCAUCGUUUCAGUCUUCCGUCCGCCUAAGAAAAAAAGAAGGGGAUCAUUCUUAUUCAUCAUCUAGCAGUCUUGGAUGUCGCCGAAGUUUGAAUGCAUCAGCUUCUCCGAUUUUGGCUCGAAGAUGUCAGUCACCUAUCCGGAUUGUACCGAGUUGUUUCCCUCAUAAUGUAAAAACGAUUCCAGUUACAGUGCCGUUCAGAACAAAUAGCUCUCGCAUUACAUCGUCGUUAAUUGCUCCUACUCAAGAAAGCAGACGCUGGUCGGUUGCAUCGCUUCCAUCAUCAAGUGGUUAUUGGACACCUGGAAGCAUCUCUGCAUUUUCGAGUGAGUACUCAUCACAAGAGCAACUUUGUGAUAUCCUGAAUGAUUUUCGAUUUAGUAGUGCUGAGAAUUCAAAUGAUGAUUUUUUGGGGCAAAAUCGUUUUCGUUCUCGUAGUUUAACAAAUUCGGUCAAUUUCGGAUCCGAUUCAGCAUGUAAUGUAAUUGUCCGUAAAGGAAUAUAUAAAGAGCGCUUUCCAAAAGCAAAGCAACAAAUGGAAGAGCAACUUGCUCAGUUAAUCGACGAAAAUGCACCAUUAUCCGGCACCACAUCUUUGGAUAUAACAUUACAGCCAGAAAGUAUGCCUUUGGAAAACAAUUUGAUCGAUUCAUCGUCGAACUCAUCAAUUGUUCAUCGUUCUUUAGUUUCUGAAAGUGUGGAAGGUGAUUUCAGAAUACGGCUGAUAUCAGAUGGUGCUACUCGAUUUCUGCAUCAUCAGCUUGUUGAAAUCGCUAAUGACUGUUUAUCAAAGUCAAGAGAUGAUCUCACAAAUACCUCCUAUUUCUCAGAAGUUUCUCGUAAGCUGGAAACUGUUCUUGCUGAAGCACAUGAGAAAACAUCUCCUGAAAGCUUUGCUUUUUUAUCUAAAAUGGUGAAACGUAUGCUCAUCAUAAUUUCGGGACCAGCGCGCAUAUUAGAAUGCUUGGAGUUUGAUCCCGAUCAGUUCUAUCAUCUUUUACAAGAAGCGGAAGGGGCAGUUCGGGAAAAGCUGGGAGCAGGUGAUGCUAAAGUUCCAGAUUUACCGCAGUAUAUAAUAAGCAAACUUGGUCUAGAUAAAAAUUUGAUGUCUGGACCUACAGUUGAUGUUUCGGAAGUAAGACCUUUUUCUAACUUUUCUCCGCCAUCAAGUUUUGGUGAUGAUGAUGUAACUCAUUCACUUUUGGAUAUGGAAUGUGAAUCAUGUGAAAGACGCGCACCAUCUGAAGAUGAUUAUGAGACAUUGAUAAGCAAUGGUGCAUACGGUGCCGUAUACUUGGUACGGCAUAAGGAUACCCGUCAACGAUUUGCACUAAAACGAAUGAAGAAACAAACCUUACUCAUGCGUAAUCAAAUAAAUCAAGUUUAUGCUGAAAGAGAUAUAUUGACAUUUACGGACAACCCAUUUGUUGUGUCAUUCUAUGGUUCCUUUGAAACACGUCAUCAUUUGUGUAUGCUUAUGGAAUAUGUAGAAGGAGGAGACUGUGCAGCAUUACUGAAAAAAGCGGGAACGCUACCACUUGAUGCGGCACGGUUGUAUAUUGCAGAAACUGUUCUUGCUGUUGAUUAUCUCCAUUCUUAUGGUAUCGUGCACCGGGAUUUAAAACCAGAUAACUUGCUGAUAACAGCCAUGGGUCAUAUAAAACUGACUGAUUUCGGGCUUUCAAAAAUUGGGCUAAUGAAUCGCGCAACGUUAUUAUGUGAAGAUUAUAUAGAUAUUUCUGAUACACAGCAGUUCAAGGAUAAACAACUUUGUGGUACUCCUGAAUAUAUUGCACCAGAAGUAAUUUUAAGACAAGGAUAUGGUAAGCCUGUCGAUUGGUGGGCACUCGGUGUCAUUCUAUACGAAUUCCUGAUUGGAAUCGUACCAUUUAUGGCUGAAACUUCGGAACUUUUAUUUUCUAAAGUUGUUAAUGAAGAAGCAGAGUUUCCUGAAGAUGAAGAAGCACUUUCAACUGAAGCCGAAUCUCUGAUUAGACGUUUGUUGGAAAAAGAUCCAGUAGAACGGCUUGGAACUGUUGGUGGUGCACAACAGCUCAUGACUGAUCCGUUUUUUGCGGAAUUGAAUUUCAAAUCAUUAUUACGCCAAAAAGCAGAAUUUGUUCCGCAGUUAGAAGGAGAAGAAGAUACGUCGUACUUUGAUGCUAGGAAUGACCGAUAUAACCACGACGCGGAUAGUGGUGAUGAAGAUAACGCACCCAUGUUCGGUUCUUUUGAUACUGCAUCACCACGGCAUUCAGUGAUUAAUAACGAACAACUUCAUACAACGCAGAAUGUGACUAUAGAGAAUACAAGAAAUUCUCGGAUUGAUCCUGCUUCAGUAAAUCGACAAUUACUAGGAGAUUUGAGCGAAAAUAAAGUGGAUGUUAAACAUGCUAGUUUACCACCAUCGGGGAUGCUACUCAGAAAAUUUUUCUCAUCUCAGCAUCAAAAUAGUUUAUCAGCAACCACUGGAACAAAUGGAAAUGGUUAUCAAAAUGUAGCUGGUUCAUCAACAGAUUCUUCAGUUGACAUGUCAAAUUUUUCUCCGGAAUAUUCAAAACCUAUACCUUAUAUUGAAUGUUUCCGAAAGGGCAAUUCUGCGGCUUCAUUUUUGCCUCGGUUUUCGAUGACUUGCGAACCUAACAUUACUGGUAGCAAUUGUAAUAGUAAGAAAGAACUUUCGCCUGUGAAGGAAUCGCGAUCUACGUCUGGUGCAGUCAUGAUUGAUUCAGUGAGUUAUUGCUCUUUUUCAAUAAGUGGUCAGAAAUCAAACGGCAUUCAUGAAAUUCAGUUUCAAAUUCCUAAAUUUUAUGUAUGUAUGUUAAUGGAUCAAAUUCUACAGCUUGAAAUUCCAAAACAACCCUCGCUUUUGUUGACUCAGUAUUCACCGCCUGGUUCAGCAUCAAGUGCUUCAUCAUUUGAUGGCAUGGCUUCUAGUUCGCUGGUAAAUGCUGCAUCAAGUAUAGAACAGAAUGUAGUAUUCAGAGCACCAAUCAUAAUUAGAAAGGGACCGAAAGGUUUUGGUUUUACAAUUCGUUCAGUGCGCGUCUAUUUGGGUGAACAAUCAGAUUUCUACACCAUUGAGCAUUUAAUAACAAAAGUAGAGGAGGGUUCACCAGCUCACCAAGCUGGCAUACGACAAAAUGACCUCAUCACACACGUUCAUUCACAACCUGUAUCCAAUUUUACACAUCCAGAAUUGAUGCACCGGCUUCUUGCGUAUGGAAGUGAGCUGUCCUUAAAAACAACUCCACUUUCAUUAACAUCUAUUCGCGAAGGUGCACCGCGUCAAACGGUUGGUAAGCUUGCUAAGAAAAAGCCAAGGAAAGCACAACGUCGUGUUCAACUAGAAAAGAGAACACGAAAGUCCUCACUUCUUCGUAGGCUAAGUGGCAAAAGAACUAGCAAUGAUAUUAUACCAGGAAGUUCAUCUCAAAAACAAACUUUCAUUCCACGAUCGGUGUCUAGUCAAGAUGGAAUACAGCUGAGCAGUGCGAGUACUGCUACAGAUUCAUCAACUACAUUAUCAGUAGUUACUGCAAAGAGCUCUGGCGCCGCACCGCUGAAAAGGUUAUCAGACGUAGAUUCAUCAAACAAAACUGAUAGAAAACUGAUAUCUCCAUCGCCGCUGUCACUACCGUAUGCAAGUCGGCCACGUUCCUUGCAGGAUUUGAAGCAUAAAAUGUCAGGAAUGGCGCAUAAUUUGACAACGCGAAAACAACCAUCUACACUAAUUGCGGUUAGCCCUUUGGCUAGAGAGGAAAUUGUCAUUGAUCUGAAAUCAUCCAAUCUCUCGUCAGAAAAAUCUGUUACGAAAUUUCAACGAGGCUUAUUUGAUGCAAAACGAUGA